AUAGCUAGACAAUUUAGCAUUGUAAUUUACUGAAGUUGGUAGUUAUCUUCUCUGGGUCCCCCCUCGUAGUUUUGUUACUUAUGUGCGCUGUUCUUUUGUUUGCUGUCAAUUUUAGAGCCGAUACAGAGCCUUUUGUAGGAAUGAAGUGUAUUCGGUUGCAUCUUAAGAGCUGUACAUAGCCUACUAUUUGACCUGAAAAACCUUUCAACUUUGGCCGUAGACUGUCACUGUCAAAUACAAGUUUGUUAUUGUAGCCUGUAAAUAGUCAGGUGGAGGAAAGAAGGGGGGGAAAGAGGUAACUUCUAUCGAAAUACUGUAUCCUACUUGUAACACUUUUAGGUCAUGAGUGUAUAUCAAUUACACUGUCAUGUAUGUUGGAGGCAAAGCCACUCCUUUAACCCUAUCUGAAUUUGUUUUUUUUUCCGCUCCAUAUUAACAAUUAAUAACGAACAUCCGGUGGUGGUGGUGGUGACUGCUGCGCCCCAAAUUUGUUUUUUUUUUGGUGGUGUGCGCGAGAAUAUUUAGGGAUUAUCCUGGUCUGGAAAUUUAGUUUCUUCAGAUUAAUCCGGUCACAGAUGGUCCAUAUUUGGCCUGACCCAGGAGACGCCGUCUUCCUCGUCCUCCAGCGUACCAAACCGGGACAGCAGUGGGUCGCGGCGUGUCACAGCUGAACGUGCACCCUGAACACCCAACACCACCCUCCACCUCGGGCAUGCCUCAGCCGGGCAUGAAUGGGAUGGAGCCUGCAUUUGGCGAGGCAUAUGGGAGCCGGAGUUGUUUCCUGAGCCACUACCCCCUGGCAGUCUCUCCCCUGGGGGGCAGGACUGAAUAUGACCAGAGCGUGCUCCUGACAUUGGGCUCCCCAGCGACGCCGCGGAAACGGCCCUUCGAGUUGCUAAGCGACCUGGUGGACGAUGGGGGCUUUGGUGAGGAGCUGCACACGGAGCGCUGGGAUGUUUCGGCGCUGGACGACAUCACGCGCUACACCAAGCUGGGCCUCGGGGGGGAGCUGGCUAGUGCGGAGGACGCCGUGCUAAUGGGCCGCUGGGGCGGGACCAGGGAGGAGGAGGAGGAGGAAGAGGAGGAGAGGAGGAAGAGGAAGGCACAGGCCCUAGCUCAGCAGACGUCGCAUGUAACCGUGACGACUGUAACACAUCUCCACGGAAACGACGUCACAAUGACCCCCGACCCCUGCCUAGGCCGGGCCCAGAGAGGAAGGGUGGACAAAGAGGGUCUGGAUGUUCCCAUAGAGACGGAGUUGGGGGCAGUCAAAGGAGACGCACCGGCCGGGGGAAGGAGGAUCCCUACAGUGGAGGUGUACCAGGUGGCUGAGAAGGAGGUUGCCACGGAGGCAUCUGUCGCAAGGGCUGAGGUCGUAGCCACGGUGACGGACACGUCUGGGAUUCUUCCCAGGGGGUCAGUGUUGGAGCACAACUACUCUCUGACCCAGGGGGGAGACCGACCCAGCUCUGAGACUGAGACAGAGGAGGAGGAAGAGGGGGUGGGGCAGAUAGAGAAGAGGGGGGAGGAGGUAUUAGUGGUGGAGGAAGAGGAGGAGGAGGAGGAGGAAGAAGAAGAAGAAGAGGAGGAAGAGGAGGAGGAAGAGGAUGGUGCAGGAGAUGAGACCACGGUGGAAGCAGAACUUUCCAGCUCAUCCGAAACUGAAUGUGAACUGGAACCAGAUAGGGGGCGUGGGCCCGGGGAGAGGCCCCAGAAGAGAAGGUGUUUCUGGGAGUACCGCCACGCUCACGCACGGGACUCUGGGAGACAGAAAACCUGUGGAGAAGUCAGAUGGUCCCUCUCCUGGAGCUCUAGCACCCUACCCAGUACCCUUUACCGCAGAGAGGGGAAGAAGGGAAGGCGCAAAGCGCGGAAGACUGACGCCAGCGACCUGACCCCUAACCCCGUGAAGCUGACCAAUAUCGGAGAACAGUUGCAGAAACUAAACGCCGCCAUCGGCGGGAUGGGCCCUGUGAAUGACCUGCCUGUGGUGGCCCGGGCCCGCUCACGGAAAGAGAAGAACAAACUGGCCUCCAGGGCCUGUCGUUUGAAGAAAAAAGCGCAGCAUGAAGCCAACAAGAUCAAGCUGUGGGGACUGAACCAGGAGUACGAUAACCUAUUGGGGGCGUUACUGCGGAUCAAGGAGGUGAUUCGCCAGCGGGUGGAGAGUAGCGGCGAGGAAGUGGACAGCGAUGAACGAGGCAUGACACAAAGACUGGAGGAUAUACUGAAGGAGUCCAGUGGUCCAUUGGUGGCUGGACGGACCAAAGAGUUUGUACAGAGGAUCUUGGAGGGGAGCGGGGGGGCGCAGGCCAAGGCGGGGGCCAGACGGAUGACCCCAACCCCCCUCGCAGAGGAGACUGCUGCCUAACAGAUGACCCCGCCCCACCCCACCCCCCCCGGCUGGCAGGAGACGAAACCUCCUUCUAACGUGCUCCUGUUCCACCAACACCACCCCCCAGACAGCCACUCAUCGUCUCUGUCACCUUUUAACGGGGGGGGGGGGGCGUGGGGUCACAGUUCAACAGAGCUCCCCCUAGACUCACGCCCUCUUUCCUUACCUUAGGGCACCCGCCAACACAAUCUAGCUGCUGUGUGUGUGUGUGUGUGUGUGUGUGUGUGUGUGUGUGUGUGUGUGUGUGUUUGUGAGAGACGAAUAUGUGCGUGAUUGUUUUUUUUUCCUCUGUGAGCUGUUUGUGUAUCCCACUGUGCCUAAUAUAAAUAGACAUUGCACUGUUUGUAGAUGAAUAGAGUAGUUGGCAUGGGGUCAGGGCGGGGAUUGGGUUGAGGGGGGGGUGGAGGGGGCUAGUUUCCUGUAGGCCACAGCGUUUCUGGAUGGAAAUGGACUCAAGGGGUCCGGUUGGCUUUAUUGCGUGGCGUUUCUAUCUGCGAUGUCCGAUUUGUUGGUUUUCAGCCGCUGGAUCCUCUCAGAUCAGUGGGAGGAGCCCCCCUGCCAACCAGCGGGCUAAGUCAGUUGCGCUUACACCACGGAUGGUUGUAACUUGGCACUGAUCAGUAGAGGUGUCCUUUCUAGAACACCAGGUUGUGUUCAUUAGGCAACAAACAGAACACAGAAACUGAAAAGGUAGGGACUUCUCCAAUAAGGUGUGUUCGUUUGAGUUGUUCUGUUGUGGAACGGUUUUUAACGGUUUUCUUUGGCUCGCACUAAUGAACACAGCCUUGAAACGCAUGUUUGUGCUAACGGGAAGAACAGGAGGUCUAGCUCGGACAACGCCAAACACGAGAACCACUGUGGCAGCUACUAAGACUCGGAGGUUUUGUUGCAGAAUUGAAGUCAAGCGUAAAAGUCCAAAAGUAGCAAGUAUAUAUGCACCUUAAAUCGAAACAACCAAAGAUGACUUGAACUGCUGAAAUUAAAAUUGUAAUGAAGCGUGACACAUGACCGGUUCUUGCCCAACCCUCUCACUUGUCACACUGGCUUAAUCAUUGUAUAUUAUUGUAAUUUCAGCUAAAUUUAAGAAUAAUUGAUGAAUGGAAAAACCCACUGUUUACCCGUAUACAUGCUUUAUGAAAGGAUGUAUUUCAUUACCAGUAUUAAUGCCUAAUCAUUUGAUACAACAAUCAGACAUUGACAAAAUCAUUGUUAGCUGUUAAAGGGUAGGUAGCAUUAUGUGUUCUACUAACCAGACUAUCAAGUGUGGUCGGAGAUCAGGUUACCUUACAUUUUUCAAAAAUGUUUUAAUGUACUGUAUUCAGAUAUAUUUGGAACUGCCCACAAUGCACUACUGUCAACGUAAUAUGGAAAACCUAUUGAGCUAAGCACUCCUCUGGCGUGCUUGAGCUAGUUAACAUUAGCUUAAUGUUCACCCAUUCCUGUGCAGCCUCUGGAUCAUUGCAGUGUAUCUAUUGUGGAAUGCCUAACCUAUAAAUAGGAGUUGACCUACUUUUGAAUUUGUAAUAUAAUUACUCUGGACAGCCUGGCUAGAUAGCUGGCUAACAUGAGCCACUAGCGCACAUCCUCUGUAACAGGAUUCUCAGGGGAGAGCUGAGUGAGGUGCGGUUUUCACAGAAAGACGUGAAACCUAGACAGGCUACUCCACCCUGCCUCACACCGUUAUUGGGCAUUAACAGAAACCCUAAGUCUUCAUCUACACUUGACAUACAGAAGUCCCAGUAUUUCACCAUACCACGGCUUCCAAUCAGGCUCUUCCAACAGCCUCCCAACCUCUUCCCAGAGGAUUCUUCUACCUUUUAUUUCUAAUGUAUACUGUAUGUUUGAAGAUAUUGUAGAGUUUACAUAGCAGGGAAUAGGCUAACCUGCUGGGUUCUCCAUUUGACAUCACAAUCCCCAUUUGAACAAAGGUCAGACAUUAUUUCUCCGGAAUCCUCAUGACAAUCUUCGGAAUUCUUACGUUUUAUGUAAUAUCUUUAAAAUGUAGGAACGUUUAGUUCCACUUCGCGAAUGAACUUCAGAUGUGUAUACUACUGCAAAUCCAUAAUAAUAUGUAUGUUAACAUUAAAUGCUACCUACUCUUUAAUGGGAGAGGGACUUUGGGCAAGUAUAGCCUAGAAAGGACCAUAGAAGGCACACUAUCAACUUUCGGUCUGCCUUAUCUCUGCAGCAUAACGCUGUCUUGGUGUUCACGUUUUUGAAUCCAGUUUGUAAACAAAAACGAUCAAUCCUUGAUGCCUUCUCCAUGCCUCCUGCUUCAUCUGACUCCUAAUGUGAGCCUGUAGUUUAUAUUCCUUUCCCACGAAGAGUCAAAAACUGUUUUGGAGUAUUUAAGUUUGUUGAUAUACGGUAUUUCUUUCUUCUUUGUUUAUUCACGUUAUCACAUGUCCACGAAGUGGGACGGUCUUGUAACGACCUGUACAACAGUUCUGUUCUGCCCUUUGAGUAGGAUAGACGGCCCUAGAGGCCAAACGGCUGUUUUAGCACGGACAUUGAGGGUUUCCACGUCGUACGCAGAGACGAGGUUGCACGUCUUUAUUGAUGACAAGACCGGAGACAUGCUCUGAGGACUGACGCUGUUGAUGUCAUGAACACACGACUUAUAGUCCGGUUUGAGUCCCGUACAGCCCGCUUAUAGUCCGGUUUGAGUCCCGUACAGCCCGCUUAGAGUCUGGUUUGAGUCCUGUAUCAGGCAAUGACGCAGGACAUCCCAGCACCCAGUGACUACCCUUUCAAUGGCCAAUAAAUGGGACGUGUAAUGAGAUGGCCUCUGUCUUCCUGUUUGGUUCUGCCCAGAGUUAGGAGGGCCUGUUGUUUUUCUCCAUCACACCCGUCUGUGUCACUCUUAAGGUUCUGCUUCUGUUGGCCAAAGCUGGUCUUUAAGGAGACGUCUGACCGUGACGCAGACCUGAUCACAUCGCGUUUAAAAUGCCGGCUGGUGCCGUUGGUGCUGCCAUUCACGUGACACCUAUUUGCACUUCUAAAGAGUAUUUGGUUCCCCCUUUCACCAAAUUUUUUGGAUGAUUAUUAUUUAUUUUUUUUAAUCUGCGCCUUUUCUUUUCUCCUGGUGGAUACAGAGUCUGAGGCCGGGUCCUGUGGUGAAAUGCAACUUCUCACCUGCGCAACACCAUUGGUGUUGUCCACCUAACCAACGUUUAGUAGGGCAGCAUCCGGGGAGCGUAGAAAGGGCAAUGUUGUGCCAAUGGCGGGGAGCAACAUUGUGUUAACAUUAAACAAACAACGCUGGGUUUGCUUUUGACGAAGCCUUUCCGAAGUGCCUAGAGCUGUCAGCCACAGCUACCAUAUGCCUGACAGGAUUCCCUGGCACCCAAUGAGCAUGUAUACCUGGAGGCAUAACACAGCUGAAGCAACCAAACAAGACGUAAAAUAAAUGUAAACAUCGACCUCCACGGCAGGUCCAUUUCAGCCCAGUCUAUGAAGUGGAAGGAUAGAUAUAUAAUAAGAGGCAGCAAGUGAAACUUUGCCAUGGUGAUGUUAAGCAAUACUGUUUUUCAGAAUUUACCCUGAGAAACACGGCCUGCGAUCCAGAGCUGACGUUCCAUGAAAUCCUUCCAUUCUCGACUAUGGAAAAUCCAUCCCUUGGGUCACUUAAAAACCUGUGCUUGAUAUAAUCCAACCGACUGUCGUAACUCACUGCAAAACAUUUAAACUUCUAACAAUGUAGAACAUUUUGACCAAAAUGUAUGGUUUAGGAACGUCCGACAAUUGCCCCUUCUCAUUUUGU